AUGGCCAGCCUCAUGUCCACUGCUGCUGUCGUGGAGAGGGACAACUGCUUGCUUCGUGCACUUCCUAUGGCUCCGGUGCUAUGCGACACAGAUCACACUGCUCUCACCGUCCGCCGCGCCGCGCCUAGACCCAUCUAUCUAUUCAAGGCCCCAUUUUCGACCUCGUCUUCUCCGAGGCGAUUACGCCGUUAUAGCCGGGGCUUGCGGUGA